GGAAGUGACGCGGCUCUCGGCCCGGACGCGACGCGGCGCUUCCGGCCGCGCCCGAAGCAGAAGCAGCGACGAGAGCGGAGACGGCGGCGGCGGCAGCAGCAGCGGGAUGGCGGCCAUGGACGCGAGCGUGGACCAGGCGCACUUGCCGAAGGUGGAGGAAGUAAAGAAAGAAUUCUCUGUGCUGGAGGAUGGAGUACUUGCUCACCAUCUACAAAAGCAGGAGAUUGAGGAUCACUACGCCUCCAACGUGGUGAAGAGCCGCCUCGCGGCGGGCGACGUGCGUUUGGCGCGUCAGCUGCAGGAAGCGGAAGCGCAGCGGCAACGUCUAAAUCGGCUGACGAUCGAGGAGCGAGAUGCUCACGUUGCCAUGGAGCUACAGCAGCAGGAAGAGCGGGCGCGCGAGGAGGAGCGUCGGGAGCGAGAGCGGCAGGAUGCGAGGGUAGCGCGCAGGCUGCAGGAGGGGGAGCGUAGAGGUCGCCACGCAGACUCGGCCGCGCAUCCAUCCCCAGUACGAGACCAAGUGGGCUAUGUGGAAGAGGGGGUGGUGACUGAGGAGAUUGAGCUUGACGAUGCGGAGCUGGCAAGGAGACUGCAGCAGCAGGAGGAGCAGAGGGCAUGGAAGGCUCACCGGGCAGCCGAUGCGGGGCUCAGGGCUGCAGUAUGGCUCAGGAUGAGGAAAUCGCCAAGUUUAUCCAAGAGAAGGAACUAAAGAGUCUCAAACAGAAAGAGAAGACAUCGGUGAGGGCGAGAGAGAAAGGAGAGAUGGAGAAAGAGAGACACAGAGACCCAAGAAAGGAGAGCGAGUGGGUGCGGGAGAGGGAAGCGGGGAGGGAGAGACAAGAGUGGGAACGAGAGAAGGAGGAGCGAGCAAGGGGGGAGAGACACGGUGACCCGCGUAAAGAGAUCGAAUGGCAAAGGGAGAGAGAGGCGAGGAAGGAGAUUGACACUGGCCGCCUCCACCAAAGAACAUUGCGGAGGAGCUGGACCCGACAUUUGAUAAGCGACCAAUGAAGAGGCCGCCCCGCCCUGCCGCGCCCCCCUCGCACGACCGAACACAAGGCCAUCCUAUUGGCAGCCCACCCGCACACACAGCCAGCGAUGAACAUCACGUCAACCGGAGCUGGUCGAGAGAUGACACUCACGGGAGCCAGCCGGUGGAACCAGAAGGGGCAGCUGCCUGGGAUGCAAGAGAUCAAGGGCCGAGGUGGGAGAGAGGAGGGAGAGUGCUGACAGGAGAGGGUGAAGACCGAAGUCGGAGCAAGAAAGAAAACUGCAAGCAGCAGUGAGAGGCCUCCGAGUUUCCCACGCUCAGCAAAGUGAACACCAUAGUGCUCAGCUUUACCAGCAGUAUUACUCGUGUGCAUAGUGUGUGUGUGAUCAACAACGUCUUGUUUAUAUUUCUAGUGAAUGUUCUGUGCAGCAAGUGCAUUGAACCAUCGCGAGCUGUGCCACAAUUGGUCGCACCGUCCCUCGUGCCGGCGCUUGAUUGGCACGGCAGUGUUACGUGUUCUGUGUUCAGUGGACCACACCUUUGCCAGUGUGUAAGUGUGGCGUGCGCGCAUUUGACCAGCAUUCCCAUUGUGUGGACACCCGCACAGGGAUGGCCAGUGUCUUAUCUGUGAUGUCAGUUUUUCUUGCCUUAUUUUUUACGCUUCAAUAGGAUAUUGUACCGAUUGUAAAAUAACGAUGCCUUUUAUUUUUAGACACCAUAACAGCCAAAAUAUCAUGCGCUUUUUUCAACGA